ACUCAGUAGUGUAGCCUCUAGCCUAGGUUCGACUGAAGUCCCUAAAUUAAACGGUAGCGCUAUAAAAAAGGGCGUGAUCAACGGUCAAAUUGAUUCAGGUAGGGCUAAAAGCCCAAAACCAAAAGGAAAAUGAUUGCCACAGCAAGCAGCGAUUCUCUCACCACCAGGUUAAAGAGGGAGGACUGUAAUCGCACCAAGCACGACUCCGUCUUCUCCAAUUGGAAGGUUCUUGUUGGUCCUUCUGAUUGGGAAGACUAUUCACUGGGAAAGGAUGGGGCUGCAAGGUACAGAGUUCAUAACCUGCCUAAAAGUUCUGGUUCAGGAAUAUAUGAGCUUGGGAUUACUGUAUCUCAGACCGGGUUAGGGCGUGAGGUUGGCAAGCUUGAUCCGGACCGGUUAGUAGUGACUUACCUUGGUCAGGCUGACAAUGUUAGGACACGACUUCAGCAAUAUGGACGGACAGGUGCUCAUUUGGGAAAUAGCUACGCAAAUGGUUGCGCAAAUGACUCUAAGAAUGUGUCUCUACAAAAACGGCUUGGAUUGUUUGAUGAGAUAUUGUCAAGAGGCUACCCCAUUGUUUUUAGAUGGGCUCCUAUGGAAAGCAAGAGGGAUGCUGAGAAAACAGAAGCUCAGCUCCUCAACAGAUUUGAUUAUGCGUGGAACACAAGCUUUAAUGGUGCACGACGCCCAGAUGAUAUCCUUCAGAAACUUAACAAAAUUGCUUCAGGCACUACCAGAUAUCCUAAUAUUGUCAGAAAACUUCUACCAUUUAGUCCGAAGCAGGUGGGCAUCAGAAUCAAAGCAAGCAAGCUGCCCUUACCAGAGAACAAAUUGAAUACUUAUGCUGAUGAAGAGAGCUACAAUUUCCUAUCUCGAGUUUUCAAAUUUGGCAGAUCUCAGCCUCGGCUUGUACUUGAUAGAAUUGGUGUUAUUGAGGACAAGACUAGUUUUUGUGGGGUGUCCUUAGGUGAUGGCUCCGUUUGUAGGAGGCCACCAGUUGAAAGAAGAAAGAGGUGUGCUGAACACAAAGGGAUGAGGAUUAAUAUGUCCAUCCCAAAGGUGGUUACAGAAGGGAAACCAAAGAGCAUUGUAGGCUCAGAUUUCAGUACUAUUGCUGACAGAAAGAGCGGCAGUGACAGUGCACAAAAUUUCAGCGAUGGCACAACAGAGCUUCAACCUGUUCCUGUUAAAUGUCCUGUUAGUGUUAGUUUUACCCCUAUAUGUGGAGUUCCCUUGAAUAAUGGCUCUCCUUGUUCAAGGCAACCUGUUAAAGGGAGGAAAAGGUGUGAUGAUCAUAAAGGCAUGAGAAUAUGUAGAUCCAUUUCUGAGUCAGUUACAGAAGGAAAAUCACAAUAUGAUCAUGAUGUGGAUUUGGAUUCCAGCUGUCACGAUGCCUUAUCUUACAACCAGAAUUCAUCUGCAAUGUGCAAACCUGGAAUGGUGCAACCUCGAGUUUCCUUGGAGAAACUUCUUGUCAGCAAAGGCUACGAAACUAUAUGUGGGGUGGAUUUAGGUUCUGGGGCUUACUGUACAAGACAACCUGCUAGAGGAAGAGUAAGGUGUGAGGAACACAAAUGGUUGAAAGUUAACGGGUUAGUGUCGAAGUUAGAAGCAGAAGAUAAGUCCCAUGUAUCAGGCCUGGGUUCAAAAUUAAGCACUUACAAUGACUGCAAAUAUGGCAAUUCCACUACAUGUGGAGCAACCUGUCAUGAUGGUUCUCUGUGCAGAAGGAAACCAGUGGAAGGAAACAAAAGGUGUUGGCAGCAUGAAGGCAUGAGAGCCGGUAGUUCCUUCUCUGGGUUUGACUCAGGGAUAAAUUCACUCACAUGUUCAAAAUUAAGCACUUACAAUGACUACAAAUAUGGCAAUUCCACCACAUGUGGAGCAACCUGUCAUGAUGGUUCUCUGUGCAGAAGGCAACCGGUGGAAGGAAACAAAAGGUGUUGGCAGCACAAAGGCAAAAGAGCUGGUAGUUCCUUCUAUUUUUGAGAGUAAAUGAUUCAAUUCUUGAGAAGAAAUUCCAUAAAUUAGAGAUACAUACACUUCAGAGUGUUUGUUGAUGUCCUGCGCGAUGCUUCUAAAACAGUUUGCUUAGCCAGAAUCCAUUAUCGUAGGUUGAGAUCCUGGUUUUAUACAUGGAUGUCCCCGCUAAAUUUAUACUCCUAUGUAAUAUGCUGUAGCUCUUUGUAUUGUAUCCUUAGAUGCCUUGUAACCCUUCACUGUUUUUUUUUUUUUUGGAAGAAAGAAUGUAACCCUUCACUGUUGUAUCAUAUGUUUCUAAUAAUUUUAUUUAAAAAUUCACUGUUGUAUCCUA